UUUCGAACUCGACGUUUAAUGUUCUUGUGACUCGAGAGCGCUCAACAUGAUGCGCUGGCUAAUAACUUCGGGGCUGCUGCUGCUGCUAGCGGCUAGUUUACAAGCAGGACUCUUGCCACCGCCAAUUGAUAAUGAAUCGCAGCUGGAGACCAAGGGAUACCAGCAAGUAUCACUGAAUACUCCGCGCGAGGACGACAACAACGACGAGAACUAUCGGCUGCCGAACAACACAGUACCCAUUGCCUACGAUGUAGAGCUGUGGACGCAGGUGGACACGGGCAUACGCGAAUUCAAGGGCAUAGUCAAGAUUGAUCUUCAAGUUCAGACUGCCUCCAAUACAAUCACACUUCAUGCAAAGGAAACGGAAAACUACAAAGCCACCCUGAAAAGCAAGGAUAAUGCGGCGAGUUCAUCGAUUCCGCUAAAGUGGAACGUUGGCACACGUGAAUUCCUUCAGUUAACACCAGUGGAUACCACUCUUACAUUCGAAAAAGACAGUAAUUGGACGCUGACCAUUGAAUAUGAGGGUUCCCUGCGCACAGAUAAUGGUGGUUUCUAUCUAUCUACUUAUAAGGAUGACGACGAUGCAACUCACUACCUGGCAACGACGCAGUUUGAGAGCACAGAUGCACGUCACGCUUUCCCCUGCUACGAUGAACCGGCUAAGCGUGCCACCUUUACCAUUACUAUACAUCAUAAUCCAUCCCACACUGCAAUUAGCAAUAUGCCUGUAGACGAGACUAAAUCGACAUCUGGUGUGACAGUUUUCCAAACAACGCCACCUAUGUCCACCUAUUUGAUAGCCUUCAUUGUUUCGGACUUUGAGUUCACAAGCGGGGAGAUGAAUGGCCUGCGACAACGCGUCUUUUCACGCAAGGGCAUGCAGGAUCAACAGGAGUGGACAUUAUGGUCCGGUCUAGUGGUUGAGGCCAGCUUAGCUAAGUACUAUGAUGUGCCGUUUCCUUUGCCCAAACUAGAUCAGGCGGGAAUUCCCCAGUUCUCAGCUGGCGCCAUGGAGAACUGGGGCAUAGCCACAUAUCGUGAACAAUACAUGUGGUGGACCAAAGAGAAAUCCACGAUUAAUUUAAAAACGAGCAUUGCCAACAUUAUUGGACACGAGUAUGCGCAUAUGUGGUUCGGUGAUUUAGUUUCACUCAAAUGGUGGACGUACCUCUGGCUGAAGGAGGGUUUCGCCACUCUCUUCUCCUAUGAGUCUAAUGACAUUGCCUUCCCAGAAUGGGAUACCUAUCAGAUAUUCCACGUGAGCGACUACAACAGUGCCCUAAUUAACGAUGCGUCCAUAUCGACCCCAAUGACACACUACGUCCAAACACCCCGUGAGAUUUCAGGGCGCUAUGGCACAAUUUCGUAUGCGAAGCCUGCUAGUGUGCUCUACAUGUUCAAGAAUGCGUGGACAGAUGACGUUUUCCGUCGUGGCCUCAAUCUAUAUUUAACACAAUUUGCAUACACCUCGGCAGACGAGUGGGAUUUGUUUUCCUCACUGCAGAAAGCAGCUGAUGAACUGGGUCACAAGUUGCCGGUAGCGCUUGCCGACAUCUUCUCUAGCUGGUCCAAACAGGCUGGUUUUCCCUUGCUUACCGUGGAGCGUAAUUAUCAGGAUGGAACAUUUACCAUUAAACAGCAGCGUUACCUCAACAACAAGGAAACACCCAAUGAGGAUACCUGGUAUGUGCCAAUCAACUAUGCAACGGCAUCGAAUCCCGAUUACCGCAACACCGUCGCCUCGCACUACCUGCUCAAAGUGAAGGAGAGCACGGUGAGCGAUGCAAAGAUAGCCAAUGAUGAUUGGCUAAUACUGAACAAACAAUCCACUGGAUAUUAUCGCAUUUUGUACGAUGAGGAAAACUAUCGUCGGAUUGCGCAGGGCCUAAUAGAGAAACCCUAUGCGUUCCAUACACGCAAUCGUGCUCAAUUGAUGCACGAUGCGUAUCGCUUUGUGGAUACGGGUCGAAUCGGAGAUGGCAUCCUUUUGCAGCUAAUGGUGUAUCUGAGAAAGGAGGAUCAGUAUGCACCCUGGUCAACAGCCAAUAGCAUUUUGAAUGUCUACGAUAAAUAUCUUAGGGGCCAUGAGCAAUAUGUGCGAUUCAGCGAUUUCGUUAUCGAAUUGGUCGAAGAUAUAUUUGAAAAAUUGGGUGUCCACGAAAUACCCGGAGAACACUAUCUGAACAAUUAUCUGCGUGUGACCCUUGUGAGCUUGGCCUGCCAAGUGGGUAGCCAGAUGUGCACUCAGCAGUCACAUCAAAAGCUAAAGCAGUUCCUGGAAGACAGUAUUCCCAUUGAACCCACUUUAAGAACGCAGGCUUAUUGCGCUGGGCUGCGUCAAGCUGAGGACUCUACUUUCAAUCUGGCCUUUGAUAAGCUCCUCUCCUCGAAUGUGGCAAGCGAUCGUAGCUUAUUCAUCUCAUCAUUGGGCUGUUCGCACAAUGCAGCACAGCUUAAGAAAUUGGUUGAGAGCUCUAUCGAUAACGCCAAUGGUCUCUCCUAUUCAGAACGCACCUCCCUCCUUCCUGCCGCCUACCCAAGAAGCGAGGCUGGCCUAACCGCAAGCUUGGAAUUCUUGGAGUCUAAUUGGAAGGCAUAUGCCGAGCUCAGUACCAAUCCUCAGCAAAAACCACUGGACACAGUAUUGCGAGGCAUGGCCCAAUCUGUUGUUAGCGAGUCUCAGAAAAAUCGGCUUAAUGCACUGGUCGCCACAAUAAAUGGCAAUGGAAUUGAACACGUCAAUGACGAUAUUGAUACUGCUGUGAACAGAAACAUACAGGCAAACUUCGAUUGGUUGAAUGUACAUCGUGAUCCUGUUAUAAAUUGGCUAAUUGCUUAUCGUAGCGGUACCGCUCCUCUCUCAGCCUCGAUCUUCGCUACCCUGACGGCGUUAAUAACAUUGUUUCUGUGCAAGUUCUCUUAAAUGCACAUUUUCACUAUACGAUCCUGAACUCCCGUUUUAGGGGAUAUGACUCACAAAAUAUGGCUACAUUAAACAUGUAUAUUUGAAUUUGUGGUGAAAUAAACGAUUUUUUUUUAGAACCACUA